CUGUCUAGUCUAUCUUUCCAAUAUGGCCGCAAUCAUGAGCAGGGCGAGUUCGUGUUCUCUGGCGAGAUGUUUCCUGAGAAAGUCGCACAGAACCGGCGCCGGUGCACAGCGGCCGGCAGAGAGGCUGAGCCAGUGCCUGGUACAGGAGGCAGGGCUGCACACUGUCGGGGGAAGCAGGGGUCCCCUCAGAAGGCCAAAGCCAGGACUGCGUCAUAAUGGAAGAUUCCUUUUGGUCAGCACUGUCCCAGUCAGGACCAAUAGUUCUCAGAUACCUGUCAAUGCAGUCUCCGCCUCCGUCCCCACCCAGGACUCACUCACCUCUGCUGUAGGCCCUGCCCCCAGCCUUGUGCCUGAUGCCAGCCAGAUUGCUGACCACGCCCCAGUAAUUGCACAGCCAAUCGCUGAGCAGGUGGUUGAGGCUGCCCCCACAGCGCUGGAUGUGCUGCAGGGGGCGGGGCAUGAGCUCAGCCUAUCAGAGCUGGGUUUGGGGAGCCACACCCCCGUGGGCCUGAUUCAGAACAUCCUGGAGUUUCUGCACUUGGACGUGGGCCUGCCCUGGUGGGGGGCCAUCGUUGCCGGCACGGUUCUGGCUCGAUGUGCUGUGUUCCCCGUCAUAGUGAAGGGGCAGAGAGAAGCGGCCAAGCUGAACAACGUGCUGCCGGAGAUGACCAAACUGAGCAACCGCAUGAACGAGGCCAAGCGCAGCGGGAACAAGUUCGAGUUCUCUAAGGCUUACUCUGACAUGAUGCUGUUUCAGAAGAAGCACAAUGUUAAUCCCUUGCGGGGAUUUCUGGUGCCGCUGGUGCAGGCACCUGUUUUCAUCUCCUUCUUCAUCGCACUCAGGAAGAUGUCAUACCUUCCAGUUCCCAGCAUGCAAAGCGGGGGGCUGUGGUGGUUCACGGACCUGACCGCGGCUGACCCUUUCUAUAUCCUUCCGCUGGCAGUGACCGGGACUAUGUUUGCCAUUCUGGAGUUGGGGGCGGAGUCAGGUAUUGAUAACCCAAACCUGCGAGCGAUGAAGACUGUGUUCAGGAUCAUGCCCUUCGUCAUCCUCCCCCUCACCAUCAACUUCCCCACGGCUGUGUUCACCUACUGGCUGACCUCCAACCUGUUCUCCCUGGGUCAGGUGGCUCUGCUCAGACACCCAGCUGUCAGACAGAGGCUGAAGAUCCCAGAACGCAUCACUCACCCCACCUCCGCCCUGCCCCCCUCCGAGGGAUUCAUUAAGAGCAUAAAGACCGGCUGGAAGAACGCUCAGCUCGCCCAACAGCUGGAGGAGAGAGAGAGGAGGAUUAAAAACCACCUGGAUAUCGCAUCCAAGGGUCCUCUCAGGCAGACCUUCUCCCAUAAUCCUUUGCAGCAGUCUACAGGGCCCAGUGUGGCAGACAAACCAGCCAAUCCCAGUGCAGCGGCAGGGUCGGCGGGUGGGAAAAAGAGGCCGUGGGAGGAGACGAUUGGAUGAGGGCUGGAGAGCGGGCAGCUUGUAUAUAAUGUACAGAGUGAGGGGGCAUGUGUACAGAUGCAGAGCCAGGAUUGGCUGCCUCCCUGCUGCAAGGGGGAGUGGUUUAUGAAUGCUUUGUAGGGAUUGGCUGCCUCCAUGUGGUGGGCGAGGCUAAUUGAACAUUUUCACACUCAGCCUCCUGCAGCUUGUCCCGCAUUCAGUACUUGUGUGUGUGUGUGUGUAGUGUGUUUCUGUGUUUGUCUGUGUGUGUGUGCCUGUGUGUUUGUGUUUGUCUGUGUGUGUUUGUGCCUGUGUGUAGUGUGUGUGUGUGUGUGUGUGUUUGUCUGUGUGUGGUUUCUGUUUAUGUGUUUGUUAGUCUGUGUGUAAUGUGUGUGUGUGUGUGAGAGAGAGAUGAUGUUUGGGUGUUCCACAGUAGCAGUAAAUAGUGUGUUUGAACUGGAGGGUCUAGACACACAGGAGCACACACACACACACACACAUACGCACACAGCGUGUAAGAAAGCGACUGUAUUGCCUUCCACCGCAAAUAAACCACUUUACAAGUC